GCCUGCAGUUGCAGACUCCGUCCAGCAGGCGGCGGGUGUUCAGCGACCAACUUUAACCCAAAAGAGGAAGAGCAGCUAAUCCGGUUAAAUAGCAGGGCGACAAUAAAUAAAACAAAGCUUAAUACGGUACCGACAUGUCAGCGGACACCAAGAUCGCCGAGCUGCUGACGGAGCUCCACCAGCUCAUCAAGCAGACCCAGGAGGAGAGGUCACGCAGCGAACACAACCUGCUCAACAUCCAGAAGACGCACGAGAGGAUGCAAACGGAGAACAAAACGUCCCCGUACUACCGGACCAAGCUGAGAGGCCUGUACACCACGGCCAAGGCCGACGCAGAGGCCGAGUGCAGCAUCCUGCAUCACGCGCUGGAUAAAAUAGCCGAGAUCAAAUCUCUGCUGGAGGAGCGGAGGAUCGCUGCUAAAAUGGCGGGGGUCCACAGUGACAGCGACCCCCCCAGGAAGACCAUGAGGCGCGGCGUCCUGAUGACGCUCCUCCAGCAGUCGGCCAUGACGCUUCCUCUGUGGAUUGGCAAGCCUGGGGAGAGCCCCCCCCCUCUGUGUGGAGCGACCCCCGCCAGCAGCGACUACGUGGCCAAGCAGGGCGACAAGGUGGCGGCGAGGGUGAAGGCCGUGGACGGGGACGAGCAGUGGAUCCUGGCCGAGGUCGUCAGCUACAACCAUUCCACCAACAAGUACGAAGUGGACGACAUUGACGAGGAGGGAAAAGAGAGGCACACGCUGAGCAGAAGGAGGAUCAUCCCCCUCCCUCAGUGGAAGGCAAACCCAGAGACCGACCCGGGGGCCCUCUUCAGUAAGGACCACCUGGUUCUGGCUCUCUACCCACAGACCACCUGCUUCUACCGGGCUCUGAUCCACACGCCUCCUCACAGGCCUCAGGACGACUACUCGGUGCUGUUUGAGGACACGUCCUACGCUGACGGCUAUUCCCCCCCCCUCAACGUGGCUCAGAGAUACGUGGUCGCCUGCAAGGAGAACAAGAAGAAGUGACGACAACAACAACAUUUCCUGUUUUCUUCUCAUUGUAUAAAAAACAUGGCGACUCAACUCUGACCCCGAGGGGUUGAGUGUCGCUUCUUCUUCUUGUGCUGCGUUCACAGCCACGUGGUUUGGUACCGCCUACUUGUACACAGAACAGAAGGACACUCGCGUGUAUAUAAGCACAUGUGUGUGUGUGUGUGUGUAAUGUGCUGCACAGUCACCGCGCUGUCGUGUUCACGUGACACUGGAGAUGCAACAAUGUUAGCGUAGCUUAGCAUUGAUCGAACCAGACUCCCUUCCGAAAACAAGUGUUUCUAUAGUGGUUUUCUUCUCGUCUCGAGGAGACAAAAAACAAAAGGGGAAUUAUUUUUUACACUUUGCCAUUCCAUCGUGUUUUUUUAUUUUGGGGUCAAACAACAAAGGACGUGAAGAAUUUAGUGUCUGAGCAGUAAAAGACGCAGUUUCUUCUAUGUUUGAUGGCUGAGAUAAACAACAACAGUGUCCAUGGAGAUGAAGUCAAUCACCUGAUGAAGAAACUAAAGGCUAAAGUGAUGAAACUCUGGGGGAAAUGACACGUGAGGAAAGACUUGUCGAUAGUUUUUACUCCAAAGUGGAAUCGGGACAGUCUCCGGUGGAGGAGCGCUUGGUUCUCACACCAGCAGCAGCUUCCUGUCGAUGAACGGAGCUGUUCUUCUGUUGUUCUUAUUACAUUUGAUGAAACAAACACUUUAAAAAAAAAGGAGUGGUGAAAACAUGUU